ACGUGGGUCUUACCAACUGCGAUCGAACGCGGACACGGCAGUAAUUCGGAGGAUCGAGGACAUCCCGCAUCAUUUCCGGACGUGUCCCAAGAGUGGAAAAUAACCGCGAAACCAAAGAGCAAUGUGUUCGCUGAGAUUGUUCCUUGUGCUGGGAUUGGUUCUCGUCGUUCAUUCUAUUGAUCCCAUCCGUGUUCUGUUGGUUCACGAAACGAAUAAUGUCGAUUCCGACCGUGCCUUCACUGCUGUACAAAGUUACCUAGAACGUACCAAAAUUCCUGGACUUAGCCUUGGAAUUGUGAGCCGUGUUGUGCUCGAUUCCACCCAAAAGUACCUGACAGUGGACGAUGUUUGUAGCCUCUAUGAUAAAUCUGUUGACGCGGGCAUUCCUCCUCAUCUGGUACUGGAUUUCACAUGGGCUGGACUCUCCUCGGAAGUCAUGAAGGCUCUGACACGUAACCUGGGCUUGCCCACAAUUAGCGGUUCCUACGGGGGUGUUGGAGAUCUAAAGCAAUGGAGCAACAUUGACGGUAAUCAGACAAAAUACCUGGUGCAGGUUAUGCCCCCAAGCGAUAUCAUCCCACAAUUAAUAGCGCUAGUUACCUCCAUGCAAAACAUGACGAACGCAGCCAUCCUCUACGACGAUAGUUUCGAUGUGACAAACAAGUACAAGUCGUUACUUAAGAACCGCCCUAUUCGCCACAUGUUUUCCAGGAUCGAGACCAACAUCAAUACUCAAAUAAGACGUCUUGAAGACAUGGAUAUCGUAAAUUAUUUCAUACUAGGAAAAGUUGAUCGUAUCAAUCAGGUUUUGAUGGCGGCGGCACAGGAAAAUUAUUUUGGCAAAAAAUAUUCUUGGUGUGCCUUGUCCAAGGAUGGUUCUUCAGAACCAUUUGUCAGGACUGAAAACGGUUCCAUUUUGUUUGCCACACCAACAAUUAACCCAGAUGUGGCAAAUGGCAUUUUGUACAAGACUUCUGGUCUCAAUACGGGUUACAGUGUUGAUACUGGUUUCUAUUUUGAUAUGACUUUAAGAGCUCUUACCGCUGUCAAGAACAUGAUUGAGGCCAACACAUGGCCGACUGAUAUGAUUUAUCCAAAAUGUAGCAGCUCAGAUAUAGUUGCUACUGUUAGGGAAAAUUUUGAUCUACGAAAGGCUUUCACUGACGCUAAUGUAGGAACGACAUUCGCCAAGCUGAUGUUAAAUGGAAAUGGUAAAUCUUACCCACAAGUGGAAAUGACGGUCAACCAAAUGAAUUUCAAAAAUAGCCGGCUUGAGUCGAAAAAUGCCCUAGGAAUAUGGAAAGCUGGAAUGCCGGGUGAAAUUGCUUUUGCUGCUGGACAAUCCAUUCGCCCUCUCCAAGUAAUCAGUGUAUUCAAAAUCGCCGUGGUGGUGCAAGCACCUUUUAUUAUGAAACGGAAUAGUAAUGGAACCGUCGAGUUCUACGGUUAUUGCGUCGAUCUCAUCAAAGACAUUCAAGCUAUUAUGGGAUUUGAAUAUGAGCUGUAUGAGGUACCUGACGGUAAAUACGGCAACAUGGACAGCAAAAUGAACUGGAAUGGCAUGAUUAAAGAGUUGAUGGAAAAGAGAGCUGAUAUAGGAUUAGGAGCUUUGGCUGUGAUGGCUGAGCGUGAAAAUGUUAUCGAUUUCACGGUGCCUUACUACGAUCUGGUGGGCAUAAGCAUUUUGAUGGCCAAGCCACAAGUCUCAACAUCCUUGUUUAAAUUUCUCACUGUGCUCGAAAACGACGUCUGGGGAUGCAUUUUAGCAGCUUACUUUUUUACUAGCAUCUUGUUGUGGAUUUUCGAUCGUUGGUCGCCAUACUCGUACCAAAAUAACAAGGAAAAAUACGCAGACGACCCUGAAGAAGAAAAGCGUGAAUUCUCUUUGAAAGAAUCUUUGUGGUUUUGCAUGACAUCCUUAACACCUCAGGGCGGUGGAGAAUCACCGAAGCAUUUGUCUGGACGUUUAAUUGCUGCCACUUGGUGGCUGUUUGGUUUCAUCAUUAUCGCUUCAUACACGGCCAACUUGGCUGCCUUCCUGACCGUGUCCCGUCUCGACUCGCCCGUCAACUCACUGGACGAUUUGUCAACUCAAUACAAGGUCCAGUACGCCCCGCAAAACGGCACUGAUGUUGCCACGUAUUUUGAACGCAUGGCCUACAUUGAAAAACGAUUCUACGAGAUUUGGAAGGACAUGAGCUUGAACGACUCUAUGAACGAAGUGGAACGUUCUAAAUUGGCCGUUUGGGACUAUCCAGUCAGCGACAAGUACACGAAAAUCUGGCAAUCUAUGCAGGACGCCGCCUUGCCACAAACGUUUGAAGAGGCAUUGACUCGCGUCCGUGCCUCAAACGCGGAAAAUAACGACGGAUUUGCCUUCCUCGGCGAUGCUACUGAUAUUCGUUAUCAAGUGCUAGUCAACUGUGACCUGCAAAUGGUGGGCGAGGAAUUCUCUCGCAAACCUUACGCUGUAGCUGUCCAGGAAGGUUCGCCGCUGAGGGAUCUGCUCAACGACGCUAUUCUGCGCUUGCUCAACCAGCGACGCCUAGAGACGCUCAAAGAGCGUUGGUGGACCGAUAAUCCAGAAAAGAAGGAAUGCGGUGAUACCAACGACCAAUCCGACGGCAUUUCCAUUCAAAACAUUGGUGGUGUCUUUAUCGUCAUUUUCGUCGGUAUCUUCUUGGCCUGUGUCACUCUGGCCAUCGAGUAUUGCUAUUUCAAAGUGAAACGCAAUCCCGAAGACGAUCAAGUCAUUUCGACACCUGAAAGUAGAACCAACGCUACUAAUAAUCGCAAAAAUUUGGAUGAUGCCUACACCAAGAAUUCCCAGAAGCCUUACAUCCUGGAUGACAAGUCAAGAGAUCCGUAUGGGGCAGACUACGGCUAUAAUUUCGGAGCCAAGAGAGAAUUGGAGCUCGAGGGAGAUGGACCUCGCCCACGCAAGGCCUGGUAAACUGGUAAUCCAAAGCAGGAGUCAACGGCCGGACAAGUUCAAACUACGUGAAUGUUACAUUCCAAAAGUUGGAGAAAUCGAUCUACAAGAAAACGACUCGUUUAUUUCAGUUAUUUUUAUCCGAUUUAUGCACAAAAGUAUAUAAUCCUAGUCUAUGAUAAUCGUUGGUAUAAUAAUAUAAUAUUUAAUUAUUUAGAAAAUAUUUCAGAAAAUAAAAUAUGCGCACAAAUGUAUCAUGGAAUGAUGUAGUUUUCGCAAAACUAUCGUAUACGCACAGCAAAUAGAUGACGAAUACAAAUUUGGAGAAAUGACCUUCUCAUAAUAAAA